UAAGGGUGGUCUUUAAAGCCACGAGGGGUCCGUUUAGUUUAGUUUGUUGAUUUCGCUCUUUCGGUGCCUGUCUUCUCCUGUCCUGUCUUCUUACUGCUCGUCCUUCUUGUUCUUCGAGUGCACGUGCGGUAGUGGGAUGCGGGCUUUACUGUGAAUGUUGUAACGCUCCGGAUGAUUGUGGAGUUUGAUUUUUGGAGACCGCCAAGGUGUCGCCGACGUGGUUGUGGGUCGCGAUAGCACCAUGCCACGCUGCCUUAUGGCUAAGAAGUGGAAGGCCUAUCCGUGGCCAGACCGGUCCGAUCCGCCGGAAGAAGAGGAAGAGGAAAUCGACGUAGUUGGCGAUUCUUCCGCCGGCUCAUGCUGGGGACCUUCGAGUCCUACGGCCGGAGCAACAGCACCGAGCCCGCCACCCACUUCGCCGCACGGUACCACUCUUCUUUAUAACGGCUAUCUUCAGGAACUCUCUCCUACAAGCUACACAACUACGUUUAUACAACGCAACGAUCAUCCAAUUAACGUACAAACUCACCAGCCAUCAUACGCAACGUUAAGAACGGUAACCGAAAGCCAAGAUCUACGUGCCGAAUAUAACAUUUCGCCAAUUCCACCGCGUGGCCGAAAAUCGCUCGCGAUGUGUUUCACAAGUACGGGGGCCGCCCUUUCGCUUCCACCCAAGAAAAAAGACAUCUACCGGCCUUAUUCGUUAGACGACAGGCCACCGCCGCCGCGUGUGCCCGCCGAAGAGGACCUGCACGCCGCCCACGCCAUACUCGACCUAAGUGCAUCGACCACGGUAUUUCUACCGCCUCCACCACAGCCCAUGCAAAUCGUCGAGCACCCGCUCGCAGAACGAAUGGACGUCCAAGUCUCCAGCGAGAUGCGUUCGACCCCAUCGCCGACAAAGAUGGACUUUCAAACGAACAAAACGGUCGCCUACACCUACGAGGCGUUCUUCGUGAGCGACGGACGCUCGAAGAAACGCAUCGGCAUAGAGGACCCGGUCGGACUUAGUAAACCGAUCGUGAAUUCCGACAAGCAAAAGUACACUUGUUGCGAAUGCGGUAAGCAGUACGCCACCUCGAGCAAUUUAUCGCGUCACAAACAGACGCACAGAAGUCUCGAUUCGCAGGCGGCCAAAAAGUGCAUAACCUGCGGGAAGGCGUACGUAAGCAUGCCCGCUUUGGCGAUGCACGUCCUCACCCAUAAAUUGCAGCAUAAAUGUGGUGUGUGCGGUAAACAGUUUUCCAGGCCGUGGCUGUUGCAAGGACAUUUGCGUUCUCAUACCGGCGAGAAACCCUACGGAUGCGCCCAUUGCGGUAAGGCCUUCGCCGACCGUUCAAAUUUGCGAGCUCACAUGCAGACGCAUUCGGCCGAUAAGAAUUUCGAAUGUCCGCGUUGCCACAAGUCGUUCGCAUUAAAAUCGUACCUCAAUAAGCAUUUGGAAUCCGCGUGUCUCAAAGACGAAUCUGGCAACGAGCACGAUGAGGGUGGUGGUUCUAGGGUAGUCGAAGGUCCUCUUCCGAUAAGAGUACACGCCGGUUGAGCGUUUCAUUUCCUCCUAGUCAGUCUUGUAGUUGGCAGCCGUGGCACGUCCCGGCAACGUUCCAAACCUCGUCACGCCGCCUAGAUUAGCUAUGAUUUAUUCUGCGCGAACUGGAACCCCUUGUAAAUAUCCCUCCUAGUAAGAUAACACAUCGCAACACGUCCAUUAAAUUAGGCCAUAGUUGUAAGAAACGCUACCUUUAGAACACCACACGGGAAACUAACUAACCAUUGUAAAUAUCGUAACGCCGCCGGCCAGAUUUAAUCGGCACUCUCUCUUUCUAGUCUUCUUUUAAGUUAAUUAAAAACGCGACAUUCCAAAUGUUCAUUGCGAACAAAGCAACGUUUCACAAACAACGAAGUUAUGCAAAUAAUUCCACUAGUGUUAACUUUAGAGUAAGGCCGAUGAGGUACUAACGCAUUUUAGUCUAGUCAAGAUUUUUUCUAGUCCCGGUCACGCAGACGUCCUAGUCUCUUUAUAUAGUCAAUUAUUUUUUGGUUGUUGAAAAUUUUUAGUAGGUUAGGUGUAUGCUUAGACACUAUAUUCAAAAUUGUAUAGUGUAAUUAAAAAGAAAUGGAAUACAAAGUAUAGUUUCGACAGUAUUUUUGCAAAUAUACACAAAAAUUAUAAAAUAAUAUACAAAUUAGAAAUGCAUGAGAAUUCUAGAGUUAAUCGAACUUUUGACGGAGUUUUUAUAGAUAAAUUUAUAGAUGGGGCAUGUGCAAUAGGCUCGAGCGUUGAAAUAGGCGAGUGUGCAUCUAGUCAUUAGCCAAUAUUUUAGCUUAGAUGCCACCGAUCUAACAAGAGUUUGCCGGGUGCCUUAGUCAAUUUGCAACGACUAUCGGCAAAAGAAUACAACGAAUUAUAAGUACAUCGAACGACCUCGAACUCUUGUUGAAUGCCACAAAUGUAGCAUAGAAUAGCUGCACGGUAGGGAUGAGAACAAGUUAGGAGUAGGGGUUAUUUAUUUCAUAUACAUAAUAGUUUAUAUUAAUAUUUCUGGCAAUUUUUCCGGGGGCGAGCGCGCGAAUGCCGCAGCAGGUUGUAGGCGCGAUUCAAAAAGGGUGUAGGUUUCUGCGGCACCGCGAGCUUUGCUCUCAGGAUGCCGGGUAUUCAAAAGCAAUAAGCACAGUAGCGGGUCAAGGGAUAAACCCUUCACCCGAGGAACUAUAGCAAUAUAGAUAAACGAAUAUUUAAGUAAUAAUAAAUAGCCUGUAAGAUCUAGAGACAUCGAUCGGAGAGCGCAACGGAGAUGGCGUUUGAUUUGAAAAAAAUAUACGCGAAACGAAUUCAAUUAAAGGAUAAGUCAAUAAAAGAAAAUUAAACGAAACACAAACGCCGUCCCCUUGUAUAGUACUAUACAUAGAAUGCCUGCCUAUUACUUAUUAUGAUAGCAAUAGCGACAGCAAUAGUUAUACAUCUAUUUAUAAUAAAUAUAAUCAAAGCAAUACCGUAAUAUACUCUAUUUAUCUAGUGCUAGAUAGAGGAAUUUAGACGAACUUAACAUAAAUUCAACGAAAUAGCGCUCUAGCGUGAUAGCACGCUUCGAGUAGCAGCCUUGCCAAAGCUUUGGAGAUAUUUAUAUCCGACAGUUGUAAAAACUCAGAACUUUGGAAAGCGCAAAGCUUGCAAAACCUGUACACUAUUUGCAGUCCAGUAACUGACCACAAUUAUUAUUAUUAUUCCGAUUAUUAUUAUGUAAUAUUAUACAUAGUAAGUUUUGUAUUAUAUUUUCAUAAUAAAUAGCAUUAGAAAAUCUC